AUGUCCAUUGAUCCGUCUACAGGUCUCGUUUCCGGCUGGGAAGUCCGUCAUUCGCGAACCCGGAACCUGCCCUACUACUUCCACCCCGCCACCAGCAACUCAUCGUGGGAGCCGCCGGCCGGCACCGACUCGGACCUGCUGAAGCAGUACAUGGCCACCAACUACUCGCAAAAGAACACAGCUGUGCCCAAUACUGCUCCUGGCACUGGCAAUGGCUCUGGCCAGAAGAUCCGGGUGUCGCAUCUUCUCAUCAAGCACCGGGAUUCGCGACGACCGUCGUCGUGGAAGGAUGCCAACAUUGAGCGAACCAAGGAGGAGGCUCGUGCAAUUCUGGAGGGACAUCAGGCCAAGAUCAAGGCUGGUGAGACCACCAUUGGUGACCUUGCCGUGUCGGAGUCCGACUGCUCGUCUGCACGAAAGCGAGGCGACUUGGGUUUCUUCGGCAAGGGCGAGAUGCAGGCCGAGUUUGAGCAGGCUUCUUUUGCUCUGGAGAACGGUCAGGUCAGUGACAUAGUCGAGACAGCCAGUGGUCUCCAUCUGAUUGAGCGUACUGGUUAG